CAAGUCAUGAGGCUUCUCUGUCUGCUGCUGCUGGUCUGCUUGGCUGGUUGUUGUGCUUCCAGAUCAAGAGACUGGGCUCGUGACGGUGCCUCCAUGUUUGCCGACCUCACUGUGCCUGAAUUGAAAGCUGUCCAGGCCUACCUGCAUGGUAUUCCAGAGCUGGAGCUCACCGACGCUCAUAGCAAGACUCUGAAGAAGAACAUCAUCUUACUGAUAGAACUCCAUCUGCCAAGGAAGCAUGAAGCCCUGAGAGCUCUAGACCAUGGACAGGCCAAACCUCCACGUCAAGCCCGUGUGAUCAUCCAGUUUGGGAAUCAGACCAGGCCCAACAUCACUGAGUUCAUUGUGAGUCCUCUGCCAUCCCCAAAGUCCCACGAAGUAAAGACGUUCAAGGGAGAUUUGCCUAUCCAGUUUGAGUCGAGGCCUAUUACUGAUGUAGAGCAGAACCACAUUAAUGACUUCCUCGAGAAGAUCACAUCUACGGCUCACAAACUUCUGUUUGAGACCACAGGGGAGUUUUCCUUUGCUAACUGCACUGACCGCUGCCUAAUGUCCUCAGACACAUCUCCCCGUGGGCUGGGUCCAGGUGAGAGGAGAAGCUGGAUGAUGCUGCAAAAGUCUGUGGAAGGUCACUUCCUGCACCCAGUUGGGUUUGAGGUACUGAUCAACCACCAGGACCUGGAUCCAGAAAGGUGGACUGUUGAGAAGGUCUGGUAUAACAACAUGUACUUUGACAGUGUUGAGGAACUGGUAGAAAAAUAUGAAUCAGGAGGUGUGGAGAAGGUCAAACUAGCCGAUCAUGAUUUCAGUGAUCUCUACUCUACUUACAUCCCCCGGGGUCAGACCAACACUCCCACUAACAUCCAUGGGCCAAAACUUGUGGAGCCCCAGGGGCCUCGUUACAACGUUGAUCGCAAUUUUGUAGAAUAUGCUGGAUGGUCCUUCGCCUACCGAGUUCGCUCAUCAGCUGGACUUGAAGUCUUUGAUGUCCGUUUUAACGGAGAAAGGAUUGCCUAUGAGAUCAGCAUCCAAGAAGCUGUUACCUUCUAUGCUGGUGAUACUCCCACUGCAAUGCAAACAAAGUUCAUCGAUUCUGGCUGGGCAAUGGGCAGCUCAAACUAUGAGCUGGCGCCUGGAAUCGACUGUCCAGAAUUUGCCACCUUUGUUGACCUUUACCACUACUUUGACACGGACAAACCCGUGCAAUACAAAAAUGCACUCUGUAUUUUUGAGAUGACAACUGCUAUGCCUCUGAGAAGACAUUUCAACUCCAACCCUGGGGGGGGAUAUGACUAUUAUGGAGGGCUGGAAAACACAGUGCUGGUAGUGCGAACAGUCUCAACGGUUGACAACUAUGAUUACAUCUGGGACUUCCUCUUCUACCAGAAUGGAGUGGUGGAGGUAAAGUCCAGCUCUACCGGAUACCUCUACACAACUUUCUUUACACCUAACGGACUUCACUUUGGUACCAAGGUGCAUAAUUAUGUGCUGGGUAACCUGCACACACACCUCUUCCAUUAUAAAGUGGACCUGGAUAUUGCUGGUCGAGAGAACAGCUUUGAGACAGUGGAUCUGAAAUUUGUCAACUUCACAAAUCCCUGGAGCCCGAAGAAUUUCAUCGUCCAGUCUAAACUCCACAGGACUGAGCACAAGACCGAGCGAUCUGCUGCUUUCAGUUUUGGUGAAAAGUUCCCUCGCUAUGUGCAUUUUAACAACCCCAAUAAGAAAAAUAAAUGGGGGCAGCAGAGGGGCUAUCGUAUUCAGUACAACUCACAUGCCGACAGUGUCCUUCCAAGAGGCUGGAGAGAGGAAAAUGGCAUCAGUUGGUCAAGGUAUCCUCUGGCUGUGACCCGUCAUAAAGACAGUGAAGCCACCAGCAGCAGCAUUUAUGCCCAGAAUAACCCCUGGGAACCCGUUGUGUCCUUUGAGGACUACAUCAGCAACAAUGAAAACAUAGUCAACCAGGACCUGGUGGCCUGGGUGACAGUCGGCUUCCUGCAUGUGCCUCACUCAGAAGACAUCCCCAACACGACAACACCCGGUAACGCAGUGGGCUUCUUGCUCCGACCCUUCAACUUCUUCAAAGAAGACCCUUCAGUGGCGUCCAGAAGCACCGUCAUCGUCCGGCCGGGAAAGGACAACAAGCUCAAGAUCCAGAGAUGGACACCAGAGGUCAUAGGUCACUGUGUGACAGACAAGCCAUUCUUUUACAAUGGCACCUAUGCAGAAGUCUAG